AUGAUGGAUUCGGAUGAUGAGAAUCUUUCUGUGCACUCCGCCAUCUCAAAUCCGUCGGAUUUUGCCGAAGAUGAGGAGGUUGACUACCUGGCGCUGGAGCUGCUGCAUCAUCUCCCGUCGGAGAAGGCAGACAAGCUCAUGAAGAGUUUGCGGGCCAAGGAGAAGGCCGUGCAGGCUGCACCGAAGAAGGAGCCUGAGCCUGUCAAGGAAGAGCCCAAACCGGAGGAGAAGCCUGCGGAGCCCAAGGCAGAGGAACAGGCCACUGUGGCAGAGCAGGUUCAAGCUGCUGCGGAGAAGGUGAUGGCUGCUGCUGCCGAGAUGGUGGGCUACGGGGACCAGACUCCUGUGGCCGCCCUGGAUUUGCAGACCGGCGCCGAAGUAACCAACAUUCGCAGCGGUAUGAGUGGAAAGGUCUUAGAGCAGAAAGCCACAGAAGCACUCGUGAAGUACGAUGAUGGUAAAGCUGAGUGGACUGAAAUCGCCGCCUUGAAACUAACGGACAAGCCUAGCGAAGUAGUGGACGACAAGGCCAUCACUGCAUUUCAGACUGCUGUGUGCGGAACAUUGCGGAACCGUGUACUGUGCAGGUUCUUGCGGCUGGAUGUGAUGCCGCUAGCUGGUUGUCAUGCUCUAGCCUGCAAGGGUGCUAGUGUCAGAUGUCCGUCCAGUGAGUUUAGUCAUGGUGCGGAUGAAUGGUGCUUCCUUCAGGCCUUGGAUGACGAGAACCAGGCUCUGACGGAGCGUUUGAAGGAGGCUGAAGAUGUGGCGGCAAAGGUGCCGGAGCCAGCGCCAGCGCCAAAGGCCCCACAGUCAGCUCCGGUUGAUAAUUCCUUUUUUCUUCAGAUGGAAAGAGGAAAGGAAGAGACCAUCCUUCGUUUGACCAGCGAGAACCACAAGCUUGCCGAGCAGGUCCGUCGCUUGAGUGAAGGUUGCAAACAGAUGGAGGAGGCUUUGAUGCAAGCACGGAAAGACAUGAAACGCGUUCAGCAGAGCCAGACGAAGCAAACGGUGCAGACGUCAGGCUCUCCACAGCUGGACGAAGAAGAGCGCCUGUACCGGGAGCUCCAGGGUGAGUCCAUGGGCGACCUGAUUCUCCAAAAGCUCCAGGAGAAGCAGGCCGAGCACAGGCUGAAGAUCCAACAAGCUCUACAGGCAUCGCUUACGGAAGAAAUUGGACGUAUUGAAAGUUGGGGCAGCGAUGUUAAGGGUGUUCUGCUGGCAGUGGACGGUCUGGAGACGCAACUGAAGCAUCAGCUGAAAGAGCCGAAGUCCAAGAAGGCUAAAGCCCAGCCUGGUGACAAGGACUCCAAGGCUCUCAAUUCCGAGCACGUCUCUGUCUUGUCGGCACAGGUGCUUGACGAGUUCGACACUAUAAAACGUUCCUUGGAGACCGUGGAAAAGGAGCAGCUUUCCUUGGAGCAGACGCUUCGUGCUGCUGAUGAAAGUGCAGAGCCAGUGGCUGUGGCUUUCGAGCUCGAACGCUUCGCCAUCGCAGAGAGUGAGGCUGAGUGGCUGCGGGAGCACAAUGCAGCAUGGGUGGAGCGGUGCCAAAGCCUAAGCCUCCAACCAAUGCUUGAUGUUCUCAUGAGGACGGACUCGGCACUCGCUGGCUUGCUCUGCAGCGCACCGCCUGGUCUGAUUCCUCCCACAGUCGAGGAUGGCCUGAAGGAAACGAGGACGCACAUGAACGAGCUCAGCGAGCAGCUGCAGGUGCAGAUGUCCUCCAUUGCACAGCUGCAGGAGGAGAGCGCUGCCUUGAGCAGAACUGUGACGUCACUUCAGGCCUCCCAGAAGGCCCACAAGUCGGAACUCCAGCAGAACGUCUCCGACUCCCUGAGGAGGACUUUGGCAACCUUUGAAGAGCCCUUGGCAGGGAUGAGAGGUGGCCUUCGACAGCAGAGUCAGGUGCUGUCCAGGGCUCGGACAGAAGUGGCAAGAGUCCUGGACGACUUGGCAGCGGUGACUCAUCGCGCUGCAGCUGCCGCUUCCCAGGGAUCAAGCAAAGAGACUCCCACGAUCAGCUCCGAGCUGCAGGAUUUCGUGCUGUCAGAGAUCCGCCAGGUAAGGUCCAUGGGGAAGAAGCUUGUUGGUAACCUGGAGGAGGGCUGCAAGGCAGUGGAGAUGCGAAUGCAGAAGGUCAUGGAGGCUAUUUCUGGGGAUCCGAAAAGCCAGUCGCAAAGCAGGCAAGUCGCUUCCUCCAAGCAAGGUGAGCGAGAAAACCAGACGGAGGCGAAGAAGAAGCGCAAGAAGAAGGGUGGUGGUCACGCAGCGAAAGGUGGGGGUGAGGACAAGGAGCACGAGGACGAGAUAAAGUCUGCCGAAGCGAAGCCUGCAGUCGAGGCAGAGGCAAGCCACACCGCUGAUCUCGGAGCGCAGCAGGCAGAAGAGAAGAAGGCGGAUGCACAGCUUUGUGAGGAGUUUCAAGAAGCAGAAAGCCCAACUGGCAAAUCCAAGUCCAAGCGGUCCGGAGACAGGGACAAGGUGCUCGCGGGUGCAGACCUACUUCAGGAGCUUCAGUCUCUGCGUUCAGACACCGAGGCCUUGGAAGCGCGAAUGGCAGAGCGGAUGCAGGCCAGGAUCGCCCGAACUGGUGUUGAUGAGGAGGAUGCAGCCAAACCCAGUGCAGCUGCCGCACGACGGCGCAAGAAGAUGUUCGCCUGA